AUGGAAGUAGAUKGAUAUACUUUAACUGUCAUACCUGAUAUUGAUUCUGUUUUUUUUUUUUUGUAUCUUAGAACUACAAUUGAACAUGCAUCAUGGCAAUCUUCCGUGCAGGAAUUUGGGAUUAAUGUUAAACUUGAAGCUACUGAUGAAGUUGAAGUAAAAACUGAGCAAGAGGACAGUAUUAGAACUAUAACUGAGGGUACURCAUUUUUAAACUACUUGGAAAAUGUUAACAACAAUGAAUUUAUUUGCAAAAUAUGCUAUGCUAAUUUUGAUAAUUAUGAAGAAUUUAUAGUCCAUAAAAAUUUAGUACAUAAAAUUAAACCUUACGCGUGUAAAGUCUGCAAUGCACGAUUUGUUCUUAGUGCUCAUUUAAAUGUACAUAUGGCUGAACAUGCUAAUUAUCUAUGCAUGARAAAUUCAUCUGUAAGUCCUUCAGAUGUUCAGUCUUCAUCUAAUGUAUUGAACAAUUUUACACAAAGCUUUUGUGUAGCUGAUCCUAAUAAAAUUUUACAAAAGAUAAAUUUCAAACCAUUGAAGUGUCUCAAUUGCGUGUUCACAACAGAGUCUGAAACUAAAUUUGUUAAUCAUCUUGGUGUUUGUAGUAGUAACAUUCCAAAGAUAAGUCCCAAGUUCCAUCAAUGUCAUUUAUGUACUAAAUCAUUCAAAACUCAUUCAGCAUUAAAUGGUCAUUUAAAAUAUCAUACUUAUAGAAGCGAAAUAAUUUCAAGAAGACAACUGGCAUUAGACAAGAAAAAAAUGAAAAUUCAAAACAAAAAUAAUAAUGCUAUAAAAUCUCAAAAAUAUGUUUUUCCAAAGAUCGCAAAUUUCAACAGAAGUUUUAAAUGUAAAGAUUGCAAUAGACAUUUUACUACUCGCAGCAAAUUAAAUAUUCAUUAUAAGCAACACAAACAACAAAUGAUAUGUAAUAAGUGCCAUAAAAAAUUUGUGUUAAAGAAAAACUUUGAAAAACACUUACUAUCACAUACAAAUGUUAUAUCUAAUGACACUUCAUUCGAUAAAAGUAAUUCUCAACGUGAUCAAAGAGCAACUAUAGGAUCAAUGAAAUCUGUUCCUGAAAUGAAAAUAAUUAAGAGCACUAAUGACAAAAAUGAACAGAAUGUCUCAAAAAAUGAAAAAUCUUUUCAAUGUUCCUAUUGCAAUAACUAUUACAAAUCAAAACAAUCCCUCAGCCAACAUAAUAGACAACAUCAUUCUCGUUUUAAAUUCACUCGUMGGAAGCUAAAGUCUAAAACUGUUGAAUGCAAUUGGUGUAGUAUAGUAAUAACAAAAUGUAACUUGCUUCGUCACAUUAAAUCUUUGCAUCCUAACAUCAAUCCUAUUAAAUGUUUAUACUGUCCAAUGGCAUUUAAGGAUUCUCUCUCGUUGAAAUUGCAUACUUCUAGAUAUCAUACAAUUUAAGUUUAAUACAUAAUUUGCGUGCUUUUUAGACUUUUAGUUUUAAUUAAUUUAAUUCAAUCAUUUUAAAAAGRAAAAAUACAUCAGACUAUUGUACAAUGCAGACUAAUUUUUCAAAAUAUUUUUAUAUCUGUAAAUUCUCUUUUGCUUUCUUUUUUAAUCUCUAUGUGCUUAUAAAUUAUAUAAGGUUAAUUAUAAUGAUUCAACUUGAAUAUCUUAUUGUAAAACUUAAGUUAUAUUUAAUUUAUAAUUAAAUUAUUGUUUCCAUACUUUUAUUGUACUUUUAAAACGUGGUAGAAACGAGAUACAAGAUAUCUCCAAUUAAAUUAAUUUAUUAAGAGAAACUUAGUAUUAGAUAUAUUUUUAAUUGUUUUUUUUUUAUUAAAUAAUUAUUAUUAMAUUUUUAUUUAAUAAUAAUCAUUAUAAAAAUAAUGUUGGCAACAUUAUUGAUGCCGUGUAUAUUAAUGAAUAUUUUUGUAAACAUUCAAUGUCAAUGUAAAUUAAUAAGCUGGCACUAUGAUUAUUGGUAUUUCAAUGUUUCCUCUGAGUUUUAUAGUGGUACUAGAGUUUCAGUCUGAACUAUCCUACUGAAAUGUAUUAGUUUGUAAAGUAUCUGUUUUUUUUAAAUUUAAUUUGCAUCAUUUAAUGUAGGAUUUGUAAUAUUUAUAUUGAUAAAUUCUGUAUA